AUCUUGCCACUGAAGGAUCCGGCCUCUCGGUGGAGCCCGGACCAGCACCAGGGAAGGUGCUGGCUGUACACAGCAGUCAGACAGGUGUUGCAUGGCACCUGCAGGCUGUGAGGUGUGGACAGAGCUUGGGGCCCCGCCUGGUCCCUGGUGCUCCAGAGUAUGAGGACGCACGUUUCAGAGGGGCCGUGUCAGAGCUGCGCGGUCAGAAGCGGGCCGUGAAAUCCCUCUGCUCCCCGGCUGGCCUGCCGGCGGUGUGCCGGGCCCUUCUCAGCCUCGGCCUCCUGCGGCAGCCUCACUGUGUCUGCCAGGGGCCCCCGUCUUCAGUUCCAUGCUCCUCCCGAAAAACUGCAGCUGCAGGAGGCAGCUUCGGGGUUCUCCGACCCCUCAGAAAUGGGAAAAAUGAGAGAAGGGCUUUACCUGGAGCCAGAUCCCAGCUCUGGUCACGGCGCUGUGCUUUGAGACACUGCAGUGUUGUGCUGAGAGCAAAAUGGACUAAGAACGGGAACCCGGGGGAGGAUGUGAUCCCAGCUCUUAAUGACCUCUCCUUCGCUGUUGCCCCCCACACCCCGCCCCUCCCCUCCAGAGAGCAGUCUCCUCCGGUGAAACCUGCCUUCACCUCCCAGAGAAUCAUUCCUUAUCAGGGAAGCUGUCACACUCUUGGGACAGCAAAAAGCGGCAGCCUGAUAGUGGAAACGCACCCGCUUUCAGCGGGUGUUACCGGGACCUCCGCGUUCUCCGCGGGGCACACGCCGCCUGCCGCCUGCGCCCACGCUGGACGCCCCCACGGCCCCACCGCUGGUGGACCAGUGCCCUCCCGGCCUGCGCCCGUCUCCGAUCCCGACUUCCGGACCGCUCCGCGUCCGGUGUGGGCGGCAGACCACGCGCAGGCCUGGGCUGGGGCGUCCGCUCCCGCCCACGGGAGACCCUUCACUCCGGGGCCGGGCGGACUGAGACGGUCCCGGCGGCCGGCUGAGUGCCAGUCUCGCGUCUGUCUGCCCUGUCUGUAUGCGGGCUCAGCCCUGCUCGGGGGGUGGGGGGAGCCGAGGAGGCAGUGCUGCGGGGCCUGCAGCCAACCCUUGGGGGCAGCGAGGGCUGGGACGACGGCUCGCUGCUGCUGUUACUCAUCGUGUGGCCCUGGGCCCACGGCUGCAGCUCUUUUGUUUCUCUUCCGCGAAACGGAGACAAAGGUGCGAUCUGGACCCGUCACUGCCACCUCGGCGCCCUUCCCCUUUCGCUGUCGAAGGCGAAGGGGGUGCGGCUGUCGAAGGCGUGAGGCCUUGUGA